AAAGAAAGCCUAUAGGUGGCAGCAUUCUAUUGGAUUCUAUUGGGAUAUCUUGGAGCAAUCACAGUACUACCGUACAAGAAGACGGAAGUCAAGAAUGAUAUUCAUCCAAAAAAAAAAAAAAAAAAAAAACCCUCUCCAAAUUAACUUCAGCGGUCUAUACAUAAAUCAACUUCCUGCUCAAUGAUUUCCAAGUGGAGACAUGCAGUGUGUGAACUGAUAUUGAAAGAAAUUUAAUCUUGGUCUCCAGGAAUCAGAAUGUUCUACCAGCAAACCUGAAGACAUAAACAACUGAUGAGGAAAUCUAAAGGGCUUCAUAUUAAUUACCUCAACCAUCCAUGUUGGAAAACUGAACCUCAACCAGCAUUCACAGAUGAUUUCUCUGUGGUUUGAUUCCCUAACUUCUUUCUGGACACCCUGCUCUCAGGUUUGAACCUGCAGAGCUUGACGGCUUUGCUCGGUGCAGAGAAGACCAAUAUGUCCAACGAUCCAGUACUUUUAUCUAAUGUGUUGAAACCAUUACUGAGUUUAUGAAGUCUGGAGAUGAGACAUUUGUCUCUGCUUUCAAAUCAACCUCUCUUGCACCUUAUGUUAACAUGAUCAGUUUUGUGAUUGUGUUAUUUAUUGCUGCUUUGAAUUUCAAACAGUGUUUCAGUGCAUGUGCUCGUGCUGAAUAUGAGAUAAAUGGAGAAUGCUGUCCCAUGUGUGCACCAGGAAACCGUGUUCAUUGGCACUGUACUGAAGAUACAAGUACAACUUGUGUUCCAUGUUCUGCAUCAACUUACACUGAUGAGCCCAAUGGGUUAGAUAAAUGCUUUCCCUGCUCUGUUUGUGAUGCAGAACAAGGACUAAGAGUAAAGGAAAUUUGUACACGCUCUACAGAUACUGUUUGUGAGCCAUUGGAAGGAUUCUACUGCAUUGAGCAAAAGAAAGACUGUAGAUGUACAAGCUGUAGAUUCGCUGAGAAACACUCUGAAUGUCGCCCUGGACAAUAUAUCAGACAAGCAGGCACAUCAUUUACUGAUACUGAUUGUGGUAACUGUGCAGAAGGCACUUACUCUAAUGGCUCUUUCACUACCUGUCGACCACAUUCAAAAUGUGAGGUUGAAGGCUCUAAAGAAAUAAAACCAGGAACAAUGUCAUCUGAUGUGGAAUGUGAGAAGUCAAGUCCAGUUAGUACCAUUGUUGGAGUCAGUCUUGGAGUCAUUGUUGGAGUCAUUAUUGGUGUUUUGGUGACUGCUGUUGGGAUCAAAUUAAAACAGAAAAGACAAACCCCUGACAGAGAUACAAGUUAUACAAUACCAAUACCAGAGACUAAUUUCUCUGUGGAAGAGAGACCAAUGCCAGAGGGUCAAUGUGAUUGUGAACCAACAUUACCAGAAUAUGCGACUUCUCUUAUACCUAGAAAUAGUGAUAUUGUAAACCCUGUAACUUCUACAACCUUGCAACCUUCUAGACCAUUCUUCAAAUCACAUUCAGAACAGGCUUCACAACAGAAUACAGACAAAAGAUCUCGCUUUCUCUGGGAUGGAAACGGAAGCUGAAAGUGAUCAUGACAAAGCAAAAGUAGGCUAUUCAGCAACGUAUUUAGCUCAAAACACUAAAGUCAAGUGUGUACUGUGUAACCCCUCUACCCAGGUCCUACUCGCCCCGCAAUGUGGGCGAACCUGGGUCUCCAUCGGGGAGCAAAUUAUACACCAUCAGAGUUGCAAUUUUAUUUCAUUUCAUUUUCACGAUUAUUAACAACAAUAACUUUAAAGCUAAACACAUACAUUUGGUAAUUAUAAUCUAUAAACAUAAUAUUCUGGAAUGUGUCAUUCUGAGUUUUUACUUUUGUCUUAGGUUUAGGAAAACAGUGUGUAUCAUAAUAGACUAUCAAACUCAAGUGAAUUCACUACUACACUACACUACUUAUUUCUUAAAUUUCUGUAAUUAAAAAGAAAUAGGAAAGAAGACUUUACUUUUAUUACUUUCCUUUUGUCAUUUGCAAGAUUUUACUUCACCUAAAUAACUGUUCCGUGUAUUGUUGUUGUCUUGUAGUAAAGUGCCUUUUGUAUGCUAUCUAA